GUUUAAACGUUUACAUCGAGUCUUCAAUCAUAAAACAUGGCCGAAAUACAUGAUCAGUUUGAUACCAUCCUUAUUCUUGACUUCGUACAGUCUCAUAAGGAGAUGCUGCGAGUUGAACGUAUACCCAGAGCUUAUGCCGUGUACAUCAACGCUAACAAAUCUAAAAUUCAAGCUUAAAGGAAUCAUACUCUCUAGAUCUCCUUUGCAUCUGCCAUGGCAUCCAGGUCUUGUUUUCUUGAAUAUCUCGAUGGACGCUAACUCGCGCGAGAUCCAGGAGAUUUGCUGGAAUCACAAGGGUCCUGUAGCAAAAUACGAUCGUCGCGAAUACGGGCUGCAGAGGUUCAGAUUAGCAGGUUCAACGAAUCGGGGAAACUCUAUCGAUACUUUGUUUGAAGGACUUGGUGAUCAGAUGCAGCUUUGGAUGUCACAGCGAUCAACUGUCUUUCAAAGACUCUCAUACCUCUUGACUUCCACCUCAUUGGACGGACGAGCACCGCUCCCUACGCCACCAUUGCACAUGACCCUGAGCCGUUCUAUGGCAUCCAGUUCCAUCCAGAGGUUACACAUUCCCCUCAAGGAAGGCAUCGACAUCUUCGAGACAGAAGCGGCAAAGAUCGAGGAAGCUGCUGAGAACGAAGAGAACGAAGCGGAGGCAAAGGGCAAGAUCAAAUAGCUAUGACAAGGAGCCUUAUACCCAGAUAUCAUCGAGAGCAUCAACUUUAAGGGCCCUAGCGCAACCAUAAAGACCCACCACAAUGUCGGUGGGCUUAUCAAGGCCAUGAAAUUGAAGUUGAUCGAACCCCUACGCGAGCUCUUCAAAGGUCUGGUUAAUGGAAUCCUAUAUUGCCGAUUGCACUUAC